AUGUAUACCAGAAAAUCUGUUUCUUUCAUCUCGAUCGCAUUGGGCCUUAUUCUCAUUGGAUUUAUUCUUUCGACUUCUGCAAGUCCUCUACCUGGAAGAAAGCUUUCCAAAGCUCAAUUAUUAAAACGUUAUUACGACGACGAUGAUUGCGAUGACGACUAUCCAUACGGCGGCUAUGGUGGCCGCUAUGGUGGCGGCUAUUAUGGCGGUAGACCAUAUCAUCAUCUUCACGAAAACAACUUCGAUAAAGAUGAUGAUUACACACAUGCCCAUCAUCAUCUUAAUAGGUUUAAUAAGGAUAGAGAUGAUGGCUAUCGCUACUAA